CCUGGGUUAGCCUGAACCAGACCAGCUGAAGGGAAAUUGUGGCUCCGUGGCGCUGGCUGCCGGCAUGUUUCGAGACACACAGCUUUGCAGCGGAUCCUCCGCCGGCUGCGCGUUCGCCCGCAGUGAUUUGCGUCUGUCCUGAAGACUGGGUCCGCACUUUUUUGUCGCGGACCCGGCGAUCGCGCAAGUCGGUCGAGCAGCUUAGGAGCGUUGGUCGGCGAAUUAAUUUGGCACUGACUGGGUCGACACGCCCUGCCAUUGUUGACUUGCUUGUCCAGGGAGGGCUGCCGUCUUCUGAGGUUCCCAGGGCGUCGCGCGCAUGUGGUGAUGUCGCGGCUGAGUCAGAUUGGUUUCAGCAGACAGGGGUUCCGUCCGAAGAUGGGAGACAUGGCACACGCGAUCGGCAGGGCUGCUAGGGCAGCCGAGGUCUGGCUGGAGGACGACGACUCCGACGAGAGAUGGGAUCAGGUGAUCCUGCAGCUCGAGCCGGGAGAGGCGCCCUUGGAGUGCCGGUGCCAGCCGCCGGCUCCCCCGCGCGGGCCGGGCGGCGCCCAGGAGGCGGUCCCUGCGCCCGAGAGCGGCGUGCUGGCCGAACGCGCCCGGCUGGCGCCGCCCGCGGCCAGCGCGGGCCCGCCGCCCGGUGGGCCCUGGCCGCCGUGCCGCCGCGCGGCAGCGUGAGGCCUGCACGAGCCCGCCCCCUGGCGGGUCGCCGCCGUGCGUCCAGCAGCCGCCGCCCGGCGCGUGAGCCGGGGGGGGCGUCGGCCCAGGCCUCCGACGGCAUGGUUCUUCCAUUCCGGCGCGUUUCCCCCCACCUCGGCCCCGCAGGGGCCGCUUUCGGGCCCUGCAGGGCCAUCGCUCGGGACCUCCUCCGCUGGGGCCGCGGAUAUGGCAAGCGUCACGCCUGCUGCUGUCAGAGGAGCGGCCACGCCGAUCCCGUCGGCUGCACGCAAGAAUGGCCCUGCGCUCGAGUGACCCUUGGUGCUGGCCCACGGGGGUCCCCCGAUCGCUGGCAUUCGCCGAACGCGAUGCCAGGGCAGUGAAAAACCGUUUGGAACCCUUAGUUGGUAAUUUCUUUGCUUCUCUUCGGGUUACGCGCACGGCACGGGCAAUUCGAAUGUCCUCAGAUGCGAAUAGUCGUUUGAGGUAGGUCUGUACUAGGUUCCGCUGCACGAUUUGCCUCUGGGGUGCGCUCAGGCCACAGCCCGCUGUCUAGCCAUCCCAGUGUACAGAGGCGUCGACAAUGUACCUGGACUGGACAGCGCGAGGCGCGCUGGAAGUCGACGCACUUUCUCGCACGCGCUUCCGACGGUGGGGCGCUUCGAAGCGAUGCUGGCGAUUCCGGCAGCACUCCCGAGCAGUUCCGACCAGGCGGCGAGGACGGCACAGGAUGUUGGGGGUCGCGCGGGGCGGGGAGG